AUGGAGGUUUUGCCGGCCGCAAACCUCGAAAUUCGAGUCCAACACAGAGAAACCGCAGAAAUAUUGGAGCACGAGUUCACGGUGGUUGCCUCCAUUUUGGAAGACCACUCUGGACCUGAGUUAGCAACAAACCGAGAAAGGGAUCUUGCCAACGAACUCCAGGAACAUGCUGCUGAAGAAGUCGCCAACAAUGCCGAGAAGUCAUCCGAGGUCGAAUUUCCAAAGGAAGACAAGAAUCUCAUUCGAGAACUUGUUUUCGAUUGCUGGAUGUUCUGUGGUGGCAGGAUCGAUGCUUGGAACUGGAAGAGUGAGGACAUUUGGAAUGCGUUCAAGGAGUUCAGGGGAAAUAACCCAAUAUAUGAGAUGUCAAAAAGCUUUCGCACAACUUCCCAGCAGGCUCUGGAUUUCAGGCCGCCUUCUUGGGGGGCUAGCCGGCCCUGA